AUGGCAGAGGAGGAGCGCGGUUCCGUCGUUUCGACAACCGCUGCGUCGUAUCAUACCUCUCCGCCGACCAGCGAUGCUUGGAACCCGGCUCCGCACAUCUAUCCGCACUCACAUCACGGAACGCCAGCGCAGGAGUAUGCGAGUUUCAACUUCCACCAAUCUCCACCGCUGCCCAUGGAGUCCAACUCGUUUGGCACCAUCUUUCCACAGCGAUCGAUGCCGCAACAGUUACAACCUCUAGUAAUGCCGCAAUGGCCCUCCAUGCUGAGCAGCCAAAAUCAUCCCGCUUAUCAACCCGUAUAUCAUCAUCAACAUCAUCAUUCUCCGCCACUGCCUCAGCAACAUCAGCCGCCACAACACCAUCGACAACAACACCAGCAACAAGCACCAUCAUCAUCGCCUCCGCUUCAUAUCCAUCCUGUCCAACCGAUUCAACCGAUCGGUGUUCCCACGAUCCCAACUCCUAUCUCCGCUGUCUCUUCGCGGUCAGGAUCAACUCCGCGCAAGACACUGACCGAUCUAGAUCGGAAGAAGAUGUGUCUCUACGCCGAUCAACAUCCUGACAGCAAACAGACUGAAAUUGGAGCAAUUUUCGGCGUCGAAAGAAGCACCGUUUCCAAAGUUUUGCGCCAAAAGGAGAAAUACCUCUCCCACGAGGACGGUAGCCGCUCACCGAUCAAACGCAUCAAAGGCCGUACGCCCGACGUUGACAAGACUCUUGCAAAAUGGGCUCUCAAACAGGAACGACAAGGCUUCACGCUCACCGAUGAGCUAAUACGUGAAAAGGCAAGGUACUUUGCGAAGGCAACCACAACUCCUGACGGGCAGCUUAUGCUCAGUGCGACAUGGCUCGAGAAAUUCAAGUUCAAGAACGGCUUGAUGGGUGCGCGAAAUAGGAAGGCGUCCUUCCAGACUGACGAUGGCGACACUGGCGCUCACUCGAGUCUGGCACGGACGAAUGUUGACACCUCGCCCACCUCGUCACCACAAGGUCUACAGUCACCUUCAGAUAAUGCUUUGCAGACCAUUCAGCAGCAUGAGACAAUUAAGCACGAAAGCCCAGACAGCUACGUCGGCUUCCGGCAUCCCUUCCAUUCAGCAAGCUCCACGUCUAUCAGUACUGCAUUCACCGACACAGCACCAUCUUCAACCUUUUCCCCAGGUCCACUGAGCCCGACUUCCCCAUUUUUCACCCCCGAUUCAGGCACUGCUCCUUCGCCGUUCUUCGGACUACCGAGCUCUCGUCCGCCUACCACGCUUCUGCCACCAUCUUCCGCUAUCACACAUACCGCCAUGAGCACUGCACCGAUCCGUCCUCGGAGCCAGACGUUUCCUCUGCUCGAUGCGUUCAUGGUAAGCACAGGCGACUCUUUGACCCCUGUUACGAAUUCCGGAGACAACGCCGCGCUUGACUCGCCAAUGGAAGAAUCUGCAGACCCGUCAAACCGGAACGAUGAUGAGUAUAUGGGCAAUCACUCGGACAAUUCUCUCUCUACAAUUGCGCAUCCGAUGGCUUCGACCGGAAUGCCCAGUGCAGAAGAUCGCUGUUUCACUAUUUCACCGUCUCAGACGAUGCGUCCACCACCACUGCCUGCUCACAUUACUGAGCACUCGGUAACGAUGUCCUCGGCCUACGACAACACCUUAACUUCAACUACAAGGGCUGCGAUGAUGACAUCCUCGCCUCAGCCGGUUCUUGCGAAUCAUUUGAAUAAUGGGACCUCAAUCUCGCAGUCUCCUACUCCCGAAGAGGCUUGUCGAGCUUUGGAGGUCGUCAUGAAUUUCCUGGAGCACCAAGCUUCAGGCUAUGUCGGUUUUCAGGAGACGAUUUCGAUGGUAAAGCUUAUGGAGAAGCUGAAGUUGCAGUCCAAGCAAGGACUCGACAUCGAGCAACAGUAG